AUGCCGCAAAUAGCGGAGACGGUGCUGGGUAAGCCCGAGCCGGAUCAGGUUCUGCCGGCGGUGUUGGUCGGAGUCGAGAACCAAAUUCCGUCUGAGUUUUUAGAAGUUGGCGAGGUGUCGCCCGACGUCGAGGACCGUGGUCUCUACAGUCCGACUACAUGUUCCAUGGGUUCAAGACAAGAUGAAGAUCACGACAAGGCUGGUCAGCUGAUGCAGCUAUACAUAGCUUUCGUCCAUGAGAUGAGAGCGACACGUCCAGAAAUACUACGUGGUGUGCGCGUUUGGCAACUGAUGCGUUACUUGCCGUGGGCUUGGCUACGAGGCCAGCUAGAAAAUCUGCAUGUAUUGAGCCAGGAAACAGCCAAUCUCGAUCAGUUCUGGUCUCACAGCUGGCGGGGGGCAGGUUGGGCCAAAUUUACCAACAUACUUUACCUCCACAGUUGCAUGCCAGCGAGCAUUGCAGGAACACUGAGCGCAGUUUUAGCCUUCUGCCUUGUGGCAGCAGGGCUUUUGGGUGCGCUACAGACAUACUGCAUGCUCUUCGGGUGUGUGGCCUUCUGCAUCACCCUGCUGCUUUGGCGUCCGCAGAAGUUGGUGUUUCUGGACAUCGCCUGCAUCCAUCAGACAGAUGAAGAACAAAAGGGAGAGGCAAUCAUGAGUAUGGGUGCAUUCCUGAAGCAGUCGAAGUCCAUGCUGGUUCUCUGGGAUCCUACGUGGGUGACAAGACUGUGGUGCGUCUUCGAAAUCGCUGCCUUUCUCCAUAGCCACAGGCCCGAUGGUGAAGCAGGUCUCCAGCUCGUACCGCCUCUAUUGGGGCCAGCCUUUCUGGGAAGUGAGAUGCUGAUCUGGGCAGCGAGCAUGAUAUACACCUACAUAGAGACCUUCGUGGCCUCUUCGGAAGGUUCACUAAUUGAGGGGGUGCACCAUCUGAUGCUCGUCGGCAUCGUUGCCCUUGUGAUGGUCGGUUUGGUGACCCACGCUCUUCGAGGAUAUGCCCGCAGCGUUAAUACGCUGCAGGAGCAACUCCGUGUGUUCAAGGCUGAGCAGACGCGCAGCGCUUGCUGCGAGAACGGCCACGAAGACGAUGUCCUAUGCGACCGUACGAUCAUUCUUGAGAGCAUAGCCGCGUGGUAUAAUUCACUGGACAGCUUUGAAGAGCAGGUGCAGACUGAAGUGCGGAUGGCCAUCAUCGAUCAGCUUGAAAACAGAGCCAUCUCUUAUCAACGCAUCUUACUUCUUUCAACUUCAUAUCUCUGGCUUCGCCUUGAGCACGCGACUGUCCAUGCAAAUGACCCCAUCCGACAAGUAGUCAAUUGGGCGCAGACGCUCACUUAUUACCUGGCAAUUUUCCCUUUGAUGUACAAGCUGGGCUUCCGGUUGUGCUUCCGCUUGCGAGCACGAUGCUGCAAGCUGUACUUGGACUUCUUUGUGUCAAUUGCUAUCGUGAUCGCAGCGUUCUCGUUCUACGUUGCUUGCUAUGUGAUCCAAGUCUAUGUCUUCCGUCAAAACGACCGGUUGCUUAUGUGGAGUUUGAUCUCAAUGUUGUCAUGGUGGACUGUCGCAGCGAUCCUGUGGCGAUUCCUCAAAUGA